AUGGGUAUACCUUUAGAUCUAUAUACAAGUGAACAGUUUACUGUUCUUGAACAUGAAAAAUAUUCAAAAUUGAAACCAAUAGAUGAUUAUGCAAGACAAAAAUUAUAUGAUUGGUUAUUAUUAGCAUCAUCAAAUACAAAUAGAAUUGUUACUUCAAAUGAUUAUAUUAGUAAUAAUCAAGAUUUAUCAAAUAAUUAUAAUGAAACUUAUAAAAUUGAACCAAAACAAAAUUUAAUAAUACCAAACUUAAAUUGUAAAAAUUUACGUUUUAAACAGUGUAAUAAUUCAACAACAUUAAUUUAUGAUUUAGAAUGGUUACAACCAAUUAAAAUUGUUACAAUGGAUAAUAAUAAUAAUACUUUGAUUCAUUCGAUUGACUUAAUUAAUGAUAUUAAACAAAGUUUUAAACUUUUAUCACCAAUUAUCGAUCUUUAUGGUUGGGUUCAAAGAAGUAAUUCACAAUUAUUUAUUACAUUAAUUUUAAAAGACAAUUCAAUUAUAAUAAUGUCAUAUAAUUUAAUAAAUUUUAAAUUAAUUAAUGAAAAUUGUACUUCGUUUAAUAUUUCUAAAAAUAUUGGAAAUUCAAUUUAUAAAAUUUUUAUUGAAUUUUUACCAAAUUAUUUACCAAUUGUUACAGAUAAAAAUUUUAUCAUUUAUAAUUUAAAUCAAGAUUGUUUCCAUUCUUUAGAGAUUCCAAUUGAAUUAAUUAAUGAAAAAUUUAAUUAUUUUAUUAAUUUCCCACAAUUAUUAAUUUCAAAUAAUAAUAAUUGUAUUUGGCAAAUUAAUAAUAUUUUAGAUUUAAAUCAUUACGAUAUUAGAAAAUUCGAUUUAUCAUCAAUAUUAAGAGAUGGGGAAACUUUAGAUAAAAUGCUAAUAACAGAUUUACAUCGUUUUACAACAGAGACAAAUCAAAGAAUUAUUACAAUUAAUACAAUUAUUGAAGAAUAUAUUGAUUUUAAAGUUAUUUUAACUAAAAAUUCAAAAUCAACAAUAACAUUAUAUUCAAAUGAUUUAAAAAAACUGAUUUUAAUUGAAAAAAAUCUUUAUAGUUUAUCAUUGUCAAUACUUAAUUGGUUUCAACAUACUGAACAAUAUGUUUUAGAUAGUUAUAAUGAUUUACAAAGUAAUUUACUGUCAUCAACAUCUGAACAAUUGCCAACGAAUAACAACAGUAAUAAUGCAAGAGAUAUUCAUCAUGCUCAUUAUAAUCCAGAUGAUAACACUAUUACAUUAUAUCAUUCUAACCCCAUGAUAAUUGACACAUUCGUCAUAAUGUCAUAA